AUGGCAGUGGCAGACUACGAAGAUGUGCAUGGUGCUAAAUGGUCAGAGCCCCUUCCGGGUGCUCGAGAAAAUCGGUGCCUGAUGAGGGAAUUGAGUAGUCACAACAUUACGGAUGCUGUGUGUUCGUUGGUUUCUUCUCGAAGCGCGACCACCUACCGCAAGGUUUGCAGGGAUGAAGGAUUUGUGGGAGGUGCAUGGCGCUCCUCUCAUCCACUUGGAGCUCGUGAACAUAUCCAGGAUGCAGGUUCUCCAUAA